AUGGCUAAUGGUUGGGAGAUGCAUCAAGACAAACAGCAUACAUCCGCGCGUCGAAACCCUCAAAAUCGAAGAGGCGAACCUUAUCGACUUCUAAACAGAGAGGAACGGUGUGGUAGCAGCCAUCGUAGCUAUUAUUCACGGAUUGGAAAAGAACGCGAUCGUGGUCGUUCUCGAAGUCCACUAAGACGUAGGGAACGUCUCCAACGCAGUGACCUCAAUGCUUACCUACGAAACAAGAUGGAGCGUCUUCGGCAGGACCUAGAACCAAGAAAAUCAGACGAGAACCAUUUAAAAAACACUCACGAACGUGAUCCUCACUCUGUGGCUGAUAGGGGGGACAGGUCUCGACACCAUAGACUUCAAGAAAGUGGAAAGAACAAGAACAAAAAGCGUCAUAAGAAGCAUCACCACAAAGGGCGACGUGGGGACUCCAAGAAAUCAUCAGAGCAAAGUGAUGUUGAGUUGAAUGAAUCAGAAGAGGACGUGGAAGCCAUAAUUGAGCGGCGUCGUCUGGAGAGACAGAAGCUUCUGGAGUCUCUCCGAUACAUUAGCACUACUCCAUCCCCGGACCCUGGAUUGUCUCCCAAAGGACCUGAGGUGCUAGAAGCCUUUUCCGAAGAAAAGCUUAUGAAAUCCAUCACUAGACCCAUUCCCAAGUCAGAAUCAGCCCUGUUUGCUGAUGCUGUUGACGGCUCUCCGAAUGGACGCAUGUCCGGUAUUCAGGCUCCUGCAGCGGUCGCUUUUCUGCAUGACCACACUGCCCACGCAGCUAAGUCGUCUGAUAAUCGAGACGCUAAACCUUUUACGAGCGAGGCAGCUCAGCCUUCCGCGAAUAAAUUCGCUAUUGACAUAUUCUCUGGUGAACUGCCAGCCGCUCCAGCGAACGGCGUGCCGGGAACCAUGGAUCCGCGGGCAAUGGCGUCGGAAAACCAUUCUCUUGUGGACAACUGGGAUGAUGCCGAGGGCUACUAUCGUGUGCGUAUUGGCGAGGUGUUGGAUAAGCGCUAUGCUGUUUACGGCUACACAGGUCAUGGUGUUUUUUCUAAUGUUGUUCGUGCUCGAGAUAGUGCUCGUAAUAAUCUCGAGGUGGCCAUCAAGAUCAUUCGUAACAACGAAGUCAUGCACAAGUCGGGUCUGCAGGAGUUGGAGGUACUGAAGAAGCUGAAUGACACGGACCCUCAAGACCGGUACCACUGCAUGCGCCUGUACCGGCACUUCUUCCACAAGAAUCACCUCUGCAUGGUGUUUGAAUCGAUGAACAUGAAUUUGCGGGAAGUGCUGAAGAAGUACGGUCGCAAUGUGGGCCUUCACAUCACCGCAGUGCGCUCCUACGCUCACCAAAUGCUACUGGCCCUCAAGCUCUUGCGUAAGUGUAACAUACUCCACGCCGACAUCAAGCCGGACAACGUGCUGGUUAAUGAGAGUAAGAUCACCCUCAAACUCUCCGAUUUUGGAUCCGCCUGCUCGGUGCAGGAGAAUGAGCCCACGCCCUACCUCGUCUCGCGUUUUUAUCGUGCACCUGAAAUCAUUUUGGGUCUGCCCUAUGACUUCAAUGUCGAUCUGUGGUCCACAGCGGUGACUUUGUUCGAACUCUACACUGGACGGAUCAUGUUCCCUGGGAAGACCAAUAACGAGAUGCUUCGUCUCAUCAUGGAGACGCGUGGACGUAUUCCAAAUCGCGUGGUUCGUCGGGGUACAUUGCGUCAUGCUCAUUUCGAUGAACAGUGCAAUUUCCUCUAUCAUGACGUCGACAAGGUUACUCAUAAACCGAAGACGACAGUGAUUCGAAACGUCCAACUCACGCGGGAUCUACUAGGUGACCUCACAUCGGAUAACCAACUGACUCCAGCACUGUUAAAGAAGGUGCACCAGUUUAGGGACAUUCUGGAUAGGAUGCUUGCUCUUGAUCCAAGCAGACGAAUUUCACUGAACGAUGCCCUCACACAUCCCUUCAUCACAGAAGCAAUCGAGGAAGGAAAGUGA